AUGACUGAACAGAUUGCUCGGAACACGGACAAGUUGAACAAAGCCAACCGGGUUUUGGAAUCUCAGGAGAGGAAGCUGGCUGCCGCUCUUCGAGUCUUCAUGUAUCGGCGUCCAGUGCACUUUAGGCAGAUGUUCCUGGCCUUGUUUCGAAAGUAUCUAAGCUUUUUGACUCAGAUGGGGAAAGAAAGUGAAAAGACCUUGGAACUGAUCAAGGCUGAUCUCCACGUGGGCUGCCAAGCUCAGAUCGUUGGCUUGCAGAAGUCUAUCGAGCUUAACGGCCAGCUGGCAACCGUCGUGGACGAAGAAGAAGGUGGAGCCAGGCUGCUGGUGGAGCUACAGGAUGGUCAGCAGAAGUCUGUGCGAAUCGAGAACCUUUGCCCUGCCGAUGCCCUCCGUCUUGAGUCACCAGCUAGCGGCUCCGUGGCCGCCUUGGCGGCUGCACCAGCGGCCGACGUGGCAGCGUCGACGGAGGAGAGUCCCAGGCGUGGCGAAGGAGGACGGCUAAGAUUGGAUCCUCCCAGAGUGCCGUGCUCCGGAGGCGAAGUGGAGGUGGAGGUGGAGAAUUUGGCGGGCUCAAUCAGUGAAGUCUUGGUGAAUGGAGCGAGGUGUCAGAUCUUGCAGAGCUUUCCGAGAGACGGGAGGUGUGUGGCUCAGAUCGAGGUGCCAGCGAUUUCCGACGAUGAAGUUGGAGGAGCUUGUGACGUUGAAGUGCGAAGUGCCUCCUGGCACCGCCAUGUGGUCAGAGAACCAGCCCUGAACUAUUUCCCCCUCAUGUCCUUCAUCGCUUGGGGCCCCAACAUUGACGCGACCAGCAGCCGGCCGGGUCGACCCAGCGAUGUGGCCACGCGACGAAAGGGCCUCAUCAGCGCGGUGGCGGUGACCUCGGAGCUGAAGCCCCUGCCGGUUGCCCCAGCUGGCGAUUCAGGCCACUCUCAGCGCUUCUACUUCGAAGUGGAGGUAGAAUCCUUGGCAGAAAAGCGAACGAACCGGACCUUGGCACUAGGCUUUGUCUGGCAGCUACCACAUGCAAUCCUCUUGGGUCCGGAGAGUUUGAAGCGCCCGGCCUCCCUCUGGACGCCCGAUGGCCAGAUGCCAGAACAGGCAUUGCAACUGCCACGGUCCUUCGUGCUGGGCGGCGACCCACCCAAGGCAUACCUGGCCGGCCGUGAAGUUGCGAAGCUUUCUUGGCGGCCGUUGCUGGAGGUCGCCCUGAAAAAUACCUUGGGAGUGUUCCUCGAGAUGCAGACAGACCGGCUCAUCAUCUCCAUCUUCCAGGAUGGUGAGCUGAAGUGUACCAACGAAGCACCAGUGCCGGAGGACUGGAAGUGGCCCAGCCUGGGCUCACCCCAUGGACUGCUGGAUGUUGCAGGCACUGUCACUGCGCUGAAGCUCCGUCAUGGCGCAGAGCCGCCGGUCGAUGCCGUGAGUGAGGGAGAUGAGCCUCCAGAGCCUUCCCCACUCGGUCCGCCAGGCGGUCCGAGUGUGGACGAAAAGUUAAUGCGCGAAGCGGGGCUGGUGCAGUGGGGCGGUGGGAUGAUGUGGGCUCAGCUGUAG